ACAGUCAGUAGGAGUCGUUAGGACGACGGGGUUCGGGUGGUUGUGUGUGUUUCUGUAUUCUUGUGACGGGUAUGAGGAGAAAUGGGCGAGGAGUCCGCAGUUAAAGUGUGUGUUAGGGUUCGACCCCUUAUAAAACGGGAGGAAGAGGCAGCAGCUGCUGAGAAUGCAGAGUCUGUAAAGUUGUACUGGAAAGCUGACAGACAAGCCAUACACCAGAUUGAUGAUGAUGGCAACCUCACUAAAGGUUUUGCUUUUGACCGGGUUUUUAGUGCAGAGGAGACCACCAAUCAACUGUAUCAAGACAUAGCCAAACCACUAGUCGUGUCGACUGUGGAAGGAUACAAUGGCACCAUAUUCACCUAUGGACAGACUUCCUCUGGAAAGACCUUUACGAUGAUGGGCAGUGACCACAUCCCUGGCGUUAUACCCCUUGCCAUGGCAGAUGUGUUUCAAACAAUCAAAAAUUGUCCAAAGAAAGAGUUUCUGCUGCGUGUGAGUUAUAUGGAAAUUUAUAACGAAACCGUAACAGACCUACUCUGCGACAGCUGGAAGAGAAAACCUCUGGAAAUCCGAGAAGGAAAUUACAAAAACGUCUAUGUGGCAGACUUGACAGAGGAGCUAGUAACAUCUCCAGAGCAAGCCCUGGCUUGGAUUCGUAAAGGAGAAAAAAACCGACAUUAUGGAAAGACAAAAAUGAACCAGCGGAGCAGUCGCUCCCACACGAUUUUCCGAAUGAUCUUGGAGAGCAGAGAGAGGAGUGACCCAGCAUCUGGUGAAAAUGCAGAUGGAGCCAUUAUUGUUUCACAUUUGAACUUGGUGGAUCUGGCUGGUUCUGAACGAGCAAGUCAGACAGGAGCUGAAGGGGCUCGUUUUAAGGAAGGAUGUAAUAUCAAUCGCAGUCUGUUUAUCCUGGGACAAGUCAUCAAGAAACUCUCUGAUGAGAGCCAGAAGGGCUUCAUAAAUUACAGAGACAGCAAGCUAACACGUAUCCUCCAAAAUUCGCUGGGGGGCAACGCCAAAACAGUUAUCAUCUGCACAAUAACUCCGGUCACUGUGGAUGAAACCCUGAGUACUUUACAGUUUGCUAGCGCAGCAAAGCGUAUGAAAAACGACCCCCACGUUACAGAAGUCUCGGAUGAUGGUGCUCUUUUGAGAAGAUAUCGUAAUGAGAUUGUGGAUCUCAAGCGCCGUCUUCAGGAGGUUUCCUCCGUCACCAAAACGACUGUGACCGAGAAGGAAACGCUUUGCCAACUUCUACAAGAGAAGGAUCAACUUCAGCGCGAGCAGGCUGAUAGAAUAAGGAACCUAACCAAGUUGUUGGUUACAGCUUCAAAUGUGGUACAGGUCCAAAAGGUUCCCAAGAGAAGAAUGACGUGGGGUGGGAAGCUCCUGAGAUCUGCCCAGUUAGUUGCAGAAGAUGAGGGAUCUGCAGAUAUGAGCUAUGCUGAGCCCUUUUUCAAAAAGAGGAGAGCAGACCUAACUAUAUCUGAGGAAGGAGAAGACAUGGAUGACUUUUACAAUGCCAAUGAAGAUUCCUCUCUUGAUAUUGAGAUGAACCAAAGCAACAUCACUAUGCGUAGUUAUGCAUAUGGCAUGUCCCCUGACUCACCUCAGCUGAUGAAUAAAGUGGAGUCUUUGGAGCGUCAGUUGGAGACGGAGACUCAGGGGAAACAACAGGCUGAAGAAAAGAGUUUGGCUCUGGAACAGAAGAUGGAGGAUCUUGAGAAACAACUACAGAUGCUGGAACAGAAGUUAGAAGUGGAAGUACAGGAGAAACAGAAGUCAGAGGAGAAGUGUUCUGAGCUGAGUCUGAAGGUUGCAGAACUGGAAAAGCCUUCAGAACAGGAGAAGACCAGUAAUACUUGUGAGAAUUGCAAGUACUUUGGAGAAACCCUCCAGUUGUGUGAGACUCUGAACUUUGAGAGGGAAUCAAUAUCUACAGAGCGUGACCUGCUAAAGCAAACCCUCGAGUUGCUUACUGAGGAUAUUGAACGACUCAAACAAGAAAACGAGGCCCUUUGCAAAGACAAAGAGGCACUGAUCAAAGAUAAAGAAACUCUUUUAAAAGACAUUGAAGAGCAGAACGAUGCUGAUGAGUUUGAAAGGCUGGAGGAAGAGAGCAAAAAAGAUUACGAGAGAGAGUUGGAAGCUGAGAUUUCUACACUGAAACGUGCAUCAAUGAAUGCUGAGGAUUUAGUCCAAAAACUUAAGGCUGAUUUAGAGGCAAUGUCUGUGCAGCUGAAAAAGAAGGAUGAUGUCGUAGCUGAACUUCAGACUAUGAGUGGAAAAGAUCUUGUUCAGGAGGUGACACGACUUCGGCGCUCAUUAGAUGAUGCUGAGGGUCUCAGUUUGGAGACCAAAAAAGAGUGGGCUUUCCUGCGCAGUGAAAACCUCUCUCUAAAAGAGCGAGACGUGAGUUUGACUGCAGAAUAUGAAAGGAUGGAAAAUCAGGUCAAAUCGUUGCAGAACCAACUUGACCACGAGAAAUCUCGCUUUAAGAAGAUGCAGACUGACCUACAGAAAGAGCUGCUUGGGGCUUUUGACGAGAACACCAAGCUGACUGCCCUGCUGGAUGGAAAAGUUCCAAAAAAUGUUUUGGAUAGCGUCACAUUGGAAAGAACAGUUGCAGACAUAAGGAAGGAGCUUGAGAAGAGUCAGGAGAGUGCACAAGCUCUGCAACAUCAAGUAGAGGGGAUGAAGGCUCUAGAGUUUCUUCCUGCCCAAGUGGAGGAUUUGUCAAGACAAGUGUCUGAGCUCAAUGGGGAACUCUGCUCUGUGCAGGAGGAGAGAGACAGCCUUGUAUCUGCUCAGGCCACAGCCACUGAAGAAAUUCAGAGGCUUAAAGAAGAGGCAGAAAAGGCACAGGAGGAAAUUGUGAAAUUGGGGGCUGUUUUAGCUGAUGUAGAGCUUAAGGAUGCUGAGCUGAGCCAGCAGAACAAAGAAACCUUGGAGCAGCUUGCUGUGAUUCAGGCAGAGAGGGAACACCAAUCAAAGGAAAACAGUAGUCUUGUCAGUGCCCUGGAAGAAGCAAGCCAGAAGGCCACACAGUUGUCUGAAGAACUUGAAUCUCUUCACGGUGAAAGAGAUGGAUUUCUGUCUAAGCAAGCUGAAGACAUGCAGACUUACCAAAACGAGCUGGAGAGUCUUCGCUUGGUUAUGGACUCAACAACUGAAGAAAGAGACCAGCUCCAGGAGAAGCUCCAGACUCUUAAAGAGGAACGAGACCAACUUAAAAUUGACAUGGAGGAAAAUGUGGAGAUGAUGAUUGAAAACCAAGAAGAGCUGAGGACAUCUCUAGAGAAGAGCAACGCGCAGGAAGACAGGAUACUACAGCUGGAAGCUCAGAUCGCUGAGUUAGGGUCCAAACUCUCAAAUUCAGAUGGCAGUGAGAGCAAGCUUAUUGAGGAGCUGCAAAAUCAGAUGAAGCAGUUACAGGAAGAGCUCCAGUCUGUAAAAGCAGAGAGAGAUAAUGUUCUGUCUGAGAAGCCUCUUCACCUAGAAGAGCUGCAGAGGAUGCAGACCCACAUCACUUCUCUAACAGAAGAGAGAGACCAGCUUCAGGAGAUUACGCAGGGGCUGAGAGAGGAGAAGACCCAGCUGAAGAGGGAAAUGGAAGAAAAAGAGGAGAUGAUGAAGCAGUUACAGGAGGAGCUCCAGUCUGUAAAUGCAGAGAGAGACAAUGUUCCGUCUGAGAAGCCUCUUCACCUCGAAGAGCUGCAGAGGAUGCAGACCCACAUCACUUCUCUAACAGAAGAGAGAGACCAGCUUCAGGAGAUUACACAGGGGCUGAGAGAGGAGAAAGCCCAGCUGAAGAGGGAAAUGGAGGAAAAAGAGGAGAUGAUCAUCUGCUUCCAGUUAAACAAAGAGCAGCUCGCUGAUUCCGAGAACCAGUUUUCUAAUUUAUCCUGUAACAUGACUGAGGAGAAAGAGCCUCAGCUCCAGCAGAUGGAGGACCUCAAGAAGGAGGCUAAACAUCUCACAGAAGAAAAUGCACAGCUAAGAAAGGAGCUUCAGGACAUUUCUCAGAAGUUGGAUGAGCUCACAGCAGCACUCCAAGCUGUGCAAGGCGAGAGGGAUUGUUUGCUCACCACUAAGACGACCCUGAGUGAAGAAAUGAACAGCCUGAAGGAAGAGAUUGAAAAGACCAGAGAGGAUCUUCUCAAAAUGGAGAGUGAACUAGUAGAUUCCCAGCUUAAGGAAGCUCAGCUGAGUGAGCAGCAGACAGAAAACUCUGAAAAGCUUGCGAAGGCCCAGGCAGAGCUGGAGGACUUCUCUGUGGAAAAGAACAGAUUGCUUACUUCUCUGGAAGAGGCCAACCUGAAAGCUGUGCAGUUGGGUGAGGCCCUUGAAUCUCUUCGUCAUGAAAGAGAACAGCUUCUGUCUGAAGAGGUGCAGGAAGCUCCUCAUAAUCCCGAGGAGCUGCAGAUCCUCCGUGAAGCUGUUAAAUCAAUAACUGAGGAGAGAAGCCAGCUCCAGGAGAUUCUUCAGGCUCUCCGUGAAGAGCAUAACCAGCUGAAGAGAGACCUGGAAGAGAGCAAUGACAUGCUUGUGCAAGCCCAGGAUCAGCUGAAGCAGAAUGAACUUGCCUCAGACAAAGCAGCUACUUGUGUAGAGGAUCAGCUACAACAAGAGCAGCAGCUACAAGAGAGACUACGGGCUUUAACUGAGGAGAAUCGCCAACUGAAGACCGAUGUUCAGGAGAAUGUCGAAAUGAUGAUUGAAAACCAAGCAGAGUUGAGAGCAGCUCUGGAUAAUGUGAAAGAACUGGAAGACAAACUACAGGACCUCGAAUCACAGAGGGAUCAACUGGAGGCCAAACUCUCCAGUUCUGAUGGCAAUGAAGAGAGCAAACUGGAGGAACUUAAAGUUCAGAUGAUUCAGCUGAGAGAAGAACUCCAGUCUGCAGUUGCUGAGAAAGAAAGUCUUCUGUCAGAGAAAACUGAAAUCAGUCUCACCAGUACAGCUGAGAUCCAGCAGCUUAAUGCCGUGGUUUCCUCAAUUACUGAAGAGAGAGAUCAGCUUCAGGAAACAAUCCAGAGCCUGAAAGAGGAGAAGAUCCAACUAAUAGCUGAGCUUGAAGAAAAGAACGACAUAGUAACACAGCUGAAGGAUGAAGUUCAGAGCACUACUGCUGUGGAGGAACUAAAAGUUCAGAUGAUUCUGCUGAGAGAAGAACUCCAGUCUUCAGUUGCUGAGAAAGAAAGUCUUCUGUCAGAGAAGAUCGAAAUUGGUCUCACCAGUACAGCUGAGAUCCAGCAGCUUAAUGCAGUAGUUUCCUCCGUUACUGAGGAGAGAGAUCAGCUUCAGGAAACAAUCCAGAGCCUGAAAGAGGAGAAGAGCCAACUAAUAGCCGAGCUUGAAGAGAAGAACGACAUAGUGACACAGCUGAAGGAUGAAGUUCAGAGCACUACUGAUGAGAAGGAUCGUCUUCUGGAUGAAAAUGCUAAAAACUACCAGGAUAACCUGCAGGAGCUGGAAGGACUUCAAACCAGUGUCUCGUCCUUAACUGAAGAGAGAAACCAGCUCCUAGAAGUGCUUCAGGGGCUCAUGGAGGAGAAGAUCCAGCUCAGGAUGGAUCUGGAGAAAAGGGAUGAACUGAUGACACAGCUAAGAGAAGACAUGCAGUGUGUUACUGCUGAAAAGGACUGUCUUCUGGCAGAAAAGGCUGAAAGCAACUUGACUAACAUGGAGCUGGAGAGCCUUCAAGCAAAUGUUCUGUCUCUAACUGAAGAGCGGGACCAGCUCCUAGAAGUGCUGCAGGGGCUCCGAGAGGAAAAGAGCAAGCUUAAGGUUGAAUUGGAAGAAAAGGAUGAAAUGAUACAAGAGUUGAAGCAGCUUCAGGCUGCUGAUAAAGCCCGUUUGUUAAUGAAGGAUGCCUCAUGCAGCAUCGUUUCCAAUGACUCUGGCUCAUCCUUUAAUGUGAACGAGGAAGGAGGUCAAUUUCAGGAACUGCUGCAAGGAGUACGAGAGCUCAUCCAAGUCCAGAGCGAGUUAAAACAACAGAAACGACAAGGCUCAGAACAGCUGAGCCCUGGAGAUACGCAGGAAGCUCAGCUUCAACAGAUGCAGGUCCUCAAAGAGGAAGUGGAGUCUUUGAGGAACGAGAGAACAGUGCUCAGAAAAGAUCUUCAGGAAGCAGCCGAAAUGUCAAAAACCUACCAGGACCUGCUUCACUCCACCAAAGAGGAGCUGAAACAGCAGCAAAAAGAGAAUGCAGAGUUAAUGACCCAGAGUACAGAAAAGGAGUCUCAACUCAGACAACAGCUAAACCAGUUGAGUGAAGAUCUUCUGUCUCUGCGAGGCCUGAAUGACCAACUUCUAUCAGAGAAAUCCUCUGAGACUCAGGAUCUCAACACAGAGCUGCAGAGUCUUCAGACACGCAUUACCUCUCUUGAGAAGGAGAAAGAGACACUUGAUGAAAUGCUUAAGGAGAGUGAAGGAAAGAGACAGCAGUUGGCUGAAGAGCUUGAAAGUCUUGGUGGCAUCAAAGACCAGCUCCUGAAUGAAAAGACGCAUGCAGAACAGCUCCUGGAGGUUCUCAAUGGGGUCAGAGAGGAGCGCAGCCAGCUCAGUCAGGAGCUGCAGGAGAAAGUGGAGAAGCUGGCACACAUUGAGGAGAAAGUACAAGGUCUAGAGAAGCAGAAACUGCAGCUUGAAACUGAAGUCAAUACUUUGAGCCAGUCUCUUCAAGAAGCUAAUGCUCAGACAGAUGUUGCCUCCAAACGAAAAACGCUAAUGUUGGUUUCUGAGAUGGAGACUUCUAAUGAAAAGCUAAAGGCUGCAUUCAUGAAGCUUCAGCGAGUCAUUGAUCGUCCAACGCCAGUAGAUCCUCUUGCAGAUGACAUUAGAAACGAAUGGCCCUUGUUGCACCAGCUGGUUGCAGUCCUUCCAAAGUCCCAGAGAGCUGUAUGUUUUAGUCUUACUUCCAAAACGAAUCAGCUUCACAGCGUUCUUGGGAAAACUGGGGUGACCUUAAAGACAAUAGCCCAGCGCCACAAGGCUCACUUCAUGGCUCAAAUCCAUCGAGACGUCGCGUCCUUUGAGGAGAGAAGACUGCAAGAUGUGCUUAUCCGGCAAACUCAAGCUCCCUCACGUUCCGUCCAGAUGGUGCAAGAAGAUUUGCAGGAGAUUUGGGACCAGCGACUUUUGGAGUUGUUGGGAAAACGCAAGCAGUGUCUGCAAGAUAUGGACAGCAUUCUGGAGUUCCUGGAAGAUGGUAUAGCCAAGCAUGCAGUCACUCUCUCUGAGGAACAUCAGGCACAGAUCAGUGCCCAUGAGCAGAGCAGAGCGCUGGCCAGACGUGCGGACGAGGCAGCCGUGGUGCAGUUUUUUGAGCGAGAGCUUGUUCGUCGUACAGCAUUGACUGAUCGUCAGAAAGCUUUCAAUCAACACCUUUUGGACAAAUAUGAUUCGGCUGUGUCUGUAUUGAAGUCCUUGGAGAAUAAGUCUCAGCAUAGCCUAAAAGAGUUGCAGCGAGAAAACCUGGCACUGCUGCCAGGUCAGAACACUGACCCGCCUAAGACUGUGGCUGACCUACUUCAAGACAAGCAGUGCCUCUUGCUUCAGUUGCAGCAGGCGCAAAAACAAAUGGAGGUGAUUGAGAAGAGAAUGGAGGAGUUAAAGGUUCAGGGAGAUUCAUCCAACCAAAAACAUCUCAACAUGCUGCAAGAGCUGAGCUCCAAUUUAAAGGAGAAGGUGGAGCUCAUCCAGAACCUUCAAGCCAAAUUGAAAGAGGCUGAGGCUCUUGCAAAGACAAAGAUGACUCCUAGUGCUGCAGAAAUGGAGGCCAUGAAGGACAAACUGGUGAAGAUGGAGCUCAACCACAUUGCUGAAACUACUGGUCAUGAAAAAGAAAUAGCACAGUUAACCUCAGUGUUGGAGCACAGAGAAGAGGUAAUCCGCAAGCUGAAAGAGACUCUCAGGAAAAGCCAACAGGAGGAAGAGCAUUCAUUUAUGGAGGGUGAGCAGUCCCAUCCCAAAGCUGCCUCCCAACCCAAAGCUGUUGCUUGUCUGAAAGAGAAACAAAUUGAGGACCUGGAGAAGAAAAAUGCACAAUUUGAAAGCCUUGUGACCAAGCAACAAGAAGAAAUUUCAAAAUGGAAGAGCAGAGCUUACAAGUUGAGGGAAAGUAAGAAAGAAGCUCCUCAGUCUCCGCGCACUCCGACUAAACGUCAGCCUCCACUGCUGGAAACUGAAGUCAACUCCCCCAAGAAACAGUUCAUCGACUCUCCCAAAAGCAAGUUCUUCGAUGUGCGCUCUGGGGCAGAUCCUUUAUCCAUCAAAUGCCCUAAACAGUUCUUCGAUAACUCCAGGCUUGGCACCAUGCCAGAAAUCUCUUGCACACCACCUGAUCCAGUUUCAGACUCUUCAGAAAGUGAUGAUGAGGAAGCCGGGUCCAGCGCAGCAGCCGGCUCCAGUGCAGCAGUCAGCUCGGACAGUUGGUGGAAGCUUCCGAACUCCUCUCCACGGAAAGCAAACACUAAUGCAGAUGCAAACGGCUGUCCAACACAGUGAUUUGUCUUGUGUUUUUGUUGGUAAUAUUAAUGUCUGUCCAAUGUAUGUCCCUUUUUUUUCCAUGUCUUAAAUCUUUUAUUGUCGUAAAAUAAACUUAAGUCUUUUAAACUUUUGAA